AUGCACGUGCGCUGGGCGCCGCGGCGCGGCUUCGUGGCGCUCUGGGCGCCCCUGUUCCUGCUGCGCUCCGCCCUGGCCGACUUCAGCCUGGACAACGAGGUGCACUCGAGCUUCAUCCACCGGCGCCUCCGCAGCCAGGAGCGGCGCGAGAUGCAGCGGGAGAUCCUCUCCAUCCUGGGCUUGCCGCACCGCCCCGCGCCCCCCCACCUCCAGGGCAAGUACAACUCCGCGCCCAUGUUCAUGCUGGACCUGUACAACGCCAUGGCGGUGGAGGAGGGCGCGGGGCCCGACGGCCCGGGCUUCUCCUACCCCUACAAGGCGGUCUUCAGCACCCAGGGCCCCCCUCUGGCCAGCCUGCAGGACAGCCACUUCCUCACCGACGCCGACAUGGUCAUGAGCUUCGUCAACCUCGUGGAGCACGACAAGGAGUUCUUCCACCCGCGCUACCACCACCGGGAGUUCCGCUUCGAUCUGUCCAAGAUCCCAGAGGGGGAAGCCGUGACGGCCGCCGAGUUCCGGAUCUACAAGGACUACGUCCGGGAGCGCUUCGACAACGAGACCUUCCGGAUCAGCGUGUACCAGGUGCUGCAGGAGCACCUGGGCAGGGAGUCGGACCUCUUCCUGCUGGACAGCCGCACCCUGUGGGCCUCGGAGGAGGGCUGGCUGGUGUUCGACAUCACCGCCACCAGCAACCACUGGGUGGUGAACCCGCGACACAACCUGGGCCUGCAGCUCUCGGUGGAGACUCUGCACGGGCAGAGCACCCACCCCAAGCUGGGGGGGGGUCUAGGUGGGGCAUGA